AUGGAGCAGUCUUUAAGGAAGAGGCAAAGAAAAUCAAGUAAUCCAAUGAAAUUCACACCAAUUUACGAUGUAGAGAAGAUCAUCAGGAACCAAACAGAUGUUGUACUGGCCCUCGCAAAACACAUCCUGCCAAAGGGCAGCAAUUCUAACGUUGUAUUUUCUCCCAUUUCGGUGCAACUCGUACUUGGUUUAAUUGCGGCUGGUUCUGAAGGGCACGCAUUAAACCAGCUUUUGUCCUUCCUCAAAGUUGACAGCACGCAGGAGCUUAAUGCACUUGCAUCUCACGUUGUUCAGAAUGUUUUUGAGGGGCCGGCUAGCUUGUCAUUAGCCAAUGGGGUGGCGGAUUCGGUGUAUAAGGCUGUGCCUCAUGUUGUUGAUUUUCGGAACCAGGAGAAAAUUAGAUUUGGAAAGUUAGGUUUUGGAGAGUUCACAGAAGUGACUGAGUAUGGGGAUGGUUUUGGAUGGAUUGCCAUGUCAAUCCUCAUGAAUGGAAAAAAUAUUCAUGAAAUCAGGCUGGAUUUCUCUUUGUCUUUGCCAACUAUAUCGCAAGCAAGCGAGGCGACCAAUAAUGUGAACUCCUGGAUCCAGAACAAAACGAAUGGCCUUGUUAAGAACACUGUUCCUCCUGAUCAAUUCGACGAGCAAAGUAAGAUUGUGUUUGCCAAUGCAAUCUAUUUCAAAGGAUCAUGGGCUGUUCCUUUCAGUGACUGGAUGACAGACACUUUUGACUUCCACCUGCUGAAUGAUGAGAAGGUUCAAGUUUCCUUCAUGUCCUACUACAUGCAGCAGGCAUUCAUUAACGUCUGUGACAGGUUUAAGGUUUUAAAACUUCCCUACGCUACAUGCCAGAUAUCCAUGUACAUCCUUCUUCCAGAUGCUAAAGAUGCGCUAGCACCAUUGGUCGAUAAACUUGCCACUGGGACAGGAUUCCUUGAGCACCUGGACAUUCCAGACCUCUCUGAGGUACGUGGCAAGUACCGGGUUCCCAAAUUUAAAGUGUCAUUUGGAUUCGAUGCAACUGAGGCUUUAAAGGAAUUUGGAUUGAGGGAACCUUUUAUUCCGGGUGGACUCAAUACUAUGAUGGACUCUGAGAGGAAUGAGCUGCUAUAUGUUUCAAACAUACUUCAGAAAUCAUCCAUUCAGAUUGAUGAAGAAGGCACAGAAGCUUCCCCUUGUACCAGUAUUGCAAUGCCUCCACCCGAAGUUCCUCCUCUUUCCAUUGACUUUGUUGCGGACCACCCUUUUCUCUUUAUCAUCCGAGAAGACAGUACUGGAGUUGUGCUGUUUGUUGGACAAGUUCUUAAUCCUCUAGCCAUCUGA